GUUGUCUGGUCGUCAACGUUUUUGAAAAUCAUUAACUUGCAGUAUAGYGCUGUUUCUAACGAUUUGAUUUCUGAAAAUUUUAGUUGUUUUAAAGUUUAUUCGUGUUCUUUGUCAGUGUCAUAUGUCAAUGACGAGAAGACAAUACUUCAAGUCACACUUCGAUGAUUCUUAAGAGGUAAAUAGCGGUGUCAAGUUCUUUUUGAAUUGAAUUUAAAUUUUUAGUAGACCAACGACGUCGACCAAGCCGUUACAGCUGAAAAUCUUGUAACCGUUUGGGAGAACUACGCUUUUAUUACAACCGUUCAAGGUUCUAGACUAUGGAAAAUGAGCAAAAUACAGUGAAGGGAAGUUCAAAACGAAGUCCCGAAGAACUUUUUAAUAAGUUUAUCGAAGCUGAAGAUUGUCCUGAAAUACUUCAGUCUUUUCAACGGUUGGUCCACGCUACCGGAGUUAAAGCUGAAACACCGAGGGAAUUUUAUCAGAAUUUAAGAAGUAAACUACAGUCAUGGAAGUGUAAGAGUUUGUGGGAAUUAUUAGACAAACGUGCAAAUCAAAAAGAAUAUUCCGAAGGCACAAUAUGCGAGGAUGUUCAUGCUUUUGUUAUCGGCUGUGGUCCCAUCGGUCUUCGAACAGCUAUAGAACUAUCUCUUCUAGGAGCACAAGUAGUUGUUGUGGAAAAAAGACAGACUUUUUCUAGGAAUAAUGUUCUUCAUCUUUGGCCUUUUUUACUUACGGAUUUCCGAUCGCUUGGAGCUAAGAAAUUCUACGGGAAGUUCUGUUCGGGAUCCAUAGAUCACAUCAGUAUACGUCGGUUGCAAUCCAUUCUUCUCAAAACAGCUCUUAUUUUUGGUGUCAAAGUCUUCACUGGCGUGACUUUUGAGAAAGUCAUUGAACCAAUCAGUGAAGAGGAAGGCUGGAAAUGUUCUGUCACGCCUUCCAAUCACUUUGUAAGUGACUUUGAGGUAGACGUGCUGAUUGGUGCUGACGGGAAAAAGAAUGUGUUACCUGGGUUUGCUCAAAUAGAAAUGCGAGGAACUCUCGCAAUCGGAGUGACAGCGAAUUUUGUGAACUACUACAGCGAAGAAGAGGCAAGAGUGGAAGAGAUCAGCGGUAUAGCGUACCAGUUCAACCCAGGUUUUUUCCAAAAGCUGAGACAACUAAAGGGAAUAAGCCUUGAAAAUAUCGUUUAUUACAAAGAUGAAACUCAUUAUUUUGUUAUGACAGCAGUCAAGUCUAGUCUAUUGGAAAGAGGUGUACUAAAGCAGGACUUUGGAAAUAACCCGCAAAAGUUGUUAAGUCCUGAUAACGUGGACAGAGCCAGCCUAAUAUCGUAUGUAAAUGAUACAGUUGACUACGCUACGAAAGGACGGCUUAAACACCGAGACUUGAAGAAAGAUAAGAAAGGGAAUGCGGAUAUAGCUGUGUUUGACUUCACUUCCAUUAAAAAGGCAGAAAAUAGUGCGAGAAUCAAGGAAAGAAAAGGUCAUAAGUUACUGAUUGGACUCGUGGGAGAUAGUUUGUUAGAGCCGUUUUGGCCAACUGGUUCAGGUUGUGCCCGAGGAGUCCUUAGUGCACUAGACGCAGCUUGGAUGGUACGAUCUUUUGCUCUUGACAAACCACCGCUUCAAAUCUUGAGCGAACGCGAGAACAUCUACCGACUAUUGUCAGGAACAAACAGCCAAAACCUCCAGAAGAAUUUUGACUUGUAUACCAUCAAUCCUUCAUCGCGGUACAUGCAUAUACCACAGAAGAAAAUCCAGGAGGUUUACCAUCUGUUCGACACAGACGAUCCAGUCAAUGCUGAUUUUACCCUUGUUAGUCCGGCGGGCAUUCUGUCGACAACUAAAGGGCCCAAGAAAAAACGUAUCAGCUUGGGCACUAAACCACAACGACGGCCAAACAGAAGGCACAUCAAAUUUGCACCUCAGGCAAGUCAGGACUCACAGGCGUUUAGUCCCACAUCUUCCAGCACAGAAGAUCUGUCGGCCAUGAGUACUGAGGACAGGGUCAGAUUCGCUGAACCCAAACCCCGACCACGUACCACUUCUGAAAGCCUUACAUCAGGAGGUGAAGAGGUACACGAGAUAACCAAGGAACGAAAAUGGGGAAAGAAAUCUAGGAAAUCUCGAUCCCCACUUUCAUCUAGUCAGGAAAAUCAAUCUAAAAUGAAGAAGUCGCCGUUUGAUGCCGGGUUGAAAAAGAAAGGCAAGAGGCGCAAGUCUGAUCGAGCGAGUCCUCCUUCGGGAAGUGCGCACGACGAGAAGCCGAACAAACGUCGUAGUUUCUUUGGAUUUGGUCGCGGGAAAAAUAAGCCAAGAGGGGGACGAAAGACUCCUGAAGUUCCCAAAGAAAGCAAGGCUGUUAAUAAGACAAUUGCAGCGGAGAAAGCCCAAAGAGUUGAGUCGUCGAAUGGUUUUACGCCUCUCGGGGAACCAGCCUGGAAUAAAGACACAGCAAAAUCACCCGGCAUUUCUCGUAACCAUCCUACACGAAGAUCAGCUCGAGACAUUAUUGCGGAAAUGGAAUCGCGCAGUAAAAUCUCCUCUGGAAAUACCACUGCACGAGAGAAAAACAACUCUGUAGAGAUUCCACGAAGAAAAAUUGUGGAGCUACCGAAACCUGUGCAUGAGGAAAUCACGAGGAAACCGAGCGUCAAGAGAACAACGAGCGAGCUUGAUAUCCGUACACCGCAGUCGAAGCAUCCUAAAAAAGAAGGCUUAUGGGAAGAACUGUCGAGUAUAUCACCAAGUGCAAAAGGAGCAGUUCCUGCCUUAUCUAAAAUGAGUCCUGAAAAACAACAAGAGAAUAACGGACAUGAGUCACAUGAUAUCGCUUCAGCAAUGCGCAUGGCAGGAUUGACGGCUAUGGCAACCCCGCUACUCCUCGAUGAGCCCACUAGCAACAGUGUUCUCUUCUCAGAGAGAACUUGGUUUUCACGUAACAACGGCCACGUCAAGAGCGCUAUAAACAAGUACGACAGCCUAACUGGAAAAACAUUGUUGGCAAAGACCGGUAAGGACAUAUCACCUCUGCGCGCUCAAUUUGACAUGGUUGAUGGUCCAAGUAAACACAUUGAAAACAGACCAUCGUUGGUGGAAAUUGCAAAGAAACUCGCCUCAAACCAGCGAAUUACCUCAGAUGAAGAACAACAUGUUGACCAGUCGUCAUGGCAACCAACGGCCAUUGCGUUCGUUGAGGGGAGGACUGGGAUGGAUGAAAUGGAGAGCGCGGCGAAUGAAAGAGCAAUGAAUCAAGCAAGACAAGAACAAGAGGAAAAGCUUCGUCUUUUGAAAGAAGACUUCUCUUCUUUGGAUAAAGAAUCCACAGACAGCCCAGUAAAGAAGGACUUCUCGUCACCAAUCUACAAGAAAACAUUUAUCGCCUCGGUCAAUGAAACACCCAAGUCAAAAGAUAAAGUUAGGAACAGCGAAAAUGAACACAAACAGCUUGAAACCCCGCGUGACUAUGCGAAAGAGGCAGAGUGGCGUAAAUCUCCUGCUUUAGCGAAGAAGGAAAUGGAACGACUAAUGGUCGCCCUGACAGAAACCAUGUCUAAAGAAAGAGCCGAGGCAUCAAUACGAUUCUUGAUCAGCAUGUUUAGGCGCAUCCAGCGCAACCCAAAAGAAGACAAGUAUCGUCGGAUCUUCAAGAGCCGCGUCAAGUUCAAGAAGUACGUCUGGACUGUCCGCAACGCCAAGAUGUUCAUGUUCGCAAGUGGUUGGAUUGAGGUCGGUAGCUUUCUCUUAUUCUCUGCUAACAAGAACUUGCGUGAGCCAUUAGCUAUACUAARCAAACACUUGGGGUUGCUUACUACUGGUGCUUCUGUCCAGAUUUCAACCAUCAAAUCAACUCCAAAACGAGAUCUCAGUGACUCAAGGACUCCACGAAGUGCAAGGGCACUUCCUUUCAGCAUACCCAGUACACCCAGUACACCUAGGACACCCAAAACCAACAAGCACAAUACUGUUUGCAAGACUGGCUUAACUGCAAGCCUACAUAAAUCAAGUAUCCGCAACAAAGAGGAAACGCCUACGAGAACCAUUAAGCACACAUCUGUGGACAAACGGUUCUCCAAGAGCGUACCCUUGAACCUCGACUCUGAAUGGGAUUUGGAAAUGGAACACCCCCUACUGGAGGAAAGUUUGAGCCAGAGUGCUGUAAAACGUGGUCGUCUGACUUCAAGUGCUCUUGAUGUUGGCGGUAACAAGACCUCAAGUGGAACCAUUACUCCUUUAAGCAUGACACCUACAAGGAUGCCUGCUACCCCUGAUGUUGCCGUAAUGGAAGAGAUCGAAGGUUUGUCUAAUACUCUUGAUGAUCUCUUGGAAUCUAUGGAGGAAGAUCCUAUUGAAGGUUAUGAUAGCAAAACAGACACCAAGAAGAAAAGCCCUGUUGUCCAUGAAAUCAAAGAUCUGUGUACGACUCUGGAUUACAUGUUGGACAGCUCGGAGGAAGAAGAGUUGGAUCGGGAUUUAAAUCACUGGAAGACACGAGAAGGCAUUGUCAGUGRCGUGGCUUCUUCAGCUACAUCUACUAGCGCGUUUUCCAAGGUACACUUACAAUCACCUUCGUCCAAGACCAUCUCUACCUCGGAGACAUUUGAAACUAAAGAUGAAAUCUCUGCAUUGUUGGACAAUAAUCUAUCAUCUGUCGAAAUGAGUGCAAUUAAUGUCCAAGACUCAAAGAAAGACUCGUUGGAGAGAAGCGACAAGAAAAAGGAUGAUGUCAGGAAAACUGAUGUAUCUGCGCCAGUUUCUAACUCUAUAACAAAUGACUUAACAUUUAAUAUACAAGAGAAAAAGAAAAUUUCACUGGAAAAUAAGAAAAAGAAAAGUGAUGGCACCUCUAAGAAAAUUGGUGCAGCAUCUAAAGGUACAGAUAAUGUUAACGCAGAAGAAAGAGAGCAGUAUUCUUUGCGACCUAGGAAAACAAAUUCCAAGCCUGCUUCCAACAAAUAUAAUGGAGAUGCCAAAAACCUAAAUGACAGCAAAAAACCUUCGAGGAGAAAGCUUCCUAAUGACCCUGACAAAACAAGACGUCCUCGAAGUGUCAGUGAUGCUCAAAUUCAGAAAAUUGCACCACCAAGCUUGAAAUCUGCUUCUAACCCACCCAAGAAAGAAAGGCCUUCUUCUAGGAAUAGUGUCAAUUCAGAGAAGGAAGCUCAAGAAUCUAAAACUGACAUCCAACGCAAAGUCUCUGAUGAUAAUGUCGUUUCCAACAAUGGAAAUGGCAAAGUUCGAAAGGACAAACCAUUUGCUAUAAGCAAAGUUAAAAGCAAAUCCACUGCAACUUUAAGUGACAAUACGAUUGAAGCAAAGAGAAAGAGUUCCGCCAACAGGGUGUCCAACACCAGCAAUCUCUCUUCAACGUCUAAAUCCAAAUCAGAAAUGAAUAUAUCUGGAAAACUCAAUUAUAGCACCAGCUCAAAAACUCACGACAAACAAAAAUCAUCAUCAGUUUUGAAUCGUAAGCAGUCUUCYUCGUCCGAAACAAUGUCAACGACUCAGGAAGUUGAAAAAAUACGAAAGAUGCCUAGGAAUUCCAGGCAGCAUUCUGAAGGUAACAAGAAGGUUGAACUUGAUGCAACAAGUGAGUUUAAGAAGCCCAGCGUUCCAAAGAGUCGAAGCCGGCGACCAGUGACUUCCAAGACUGCAGGAAAACCACAAGAAAGUACAAGCGAAGAAAGCCUUUCAACAAGCAGUCUUGAUACUAGCUUGAAGAGUCGUCCGCCCAGUGGUUUGGAACGAACUCGAAGUGCAAGAGCCAGAAAAAGAAAAGAUAUUGCCUCGAAGCUCGAUUCCUUGGAAAUAAGCUACGAAACUCUUGAAAAGAGCCCGAACAGAACUUUGAAUAAAAAGACUUCUACGUCGAGCAUAGAAUCUAACACUUCUUCCUUAACUAAAAAGGAAAGUUUGACAGAAACUGUUAGAGAACAGCAAAGGUACUCAUCGAGAAAUAAAACUACAGUUUCAAGAACGAGUUCUGCAGCUAGUCGAUCAAGUGCAACCAGUGGAGAAGACAUUCCUGGUAGCUCUAGGACGAGGCGUUUAAUGUCCAACGACUCCUCGAUGACAACAAGGCGACGAUCUUCAGCGAAAAGAACUCCUUCAAAUGCUUCUCUUGAAAGAAAGAAAAUGGACGGCCUGCUGACAAAAGAAGAGCAAGAAGUGCUGAGAAAACGUUCAAAGUCUUCAAGCGAGAAGCCUAGUACAAGUGCCACGAAGGAUAAUCAAGAGAAGGUUCGCUCGCUUCGUUCUAAAGCUGUUGAUAUCUCACAACUACGACGAGCUGAUUCGAGUGGUAGUGAAAGCAUCAGAAGAAGUGGCAGUUUUAAAGCUAAACAUCGAAGAGCUGCGACCAGAUCCUCGAGCAAGAGUCAAGAUGAUACACAAGCAACAAAUUCUUCUCAUUUGGAGCACAAUUCUAAAGCAUCAUGCAAGAAACUUCCAGGUUUCAACGUUCAAAAGAAUGUUAGAUCAGCUGAUGACAGCUUUGAUGACAUCCCAGUCUUGGCGAAGGAUGGCGAAGAUAGUGUUGCGGAUGGACCUACCGAUGCUGGUGUGGAAAGUGCAGCAGGGAAAGAUGAUAGAUAUCAAAAUGAAAACUUACCAUUCAGUCUAAGACGAAAACUAUCAGCUGAUGGCAAAAAUAUGGGAUUCGACACGACUGAUUUUAUCUCGACAAAUAUUGAACACGACGAACAUGCCAAAACUAGUACACCAACCAAUUGCGAACAAUAUGGCACCAAAGAUAUCGAAAAGAAAGUUAACGAAAGCAGAGACGUUCAAGAGGAAUCCGAUUGCAUCUCUCUAACGGACGAUACAAAAAUGGAGUUUCGGCUGCACAAUACUGGUAGUUGGAUGGUCCUUGAUUACAAAGGAUUAAAAGAAAGCCCACGAGCAAGCAUAUCGUCCAUUGAGUCUCUGAAGAAGAACACGGCGGAGAAGAUGAAUGACGAUGACAUUAGAAUGGAAGGCAAUGCUACCGAAGAUGAAGAUGAGUCAACUUUGACGCACGAUAAAGAGAAUGGAGAUCUCGUCAGCGCUAGAGAAGAUAAACUAGAGUCUUUGGCAUGUAAUGGUUCCGCGUUAGAAAAAGGCAAUGGUUUUGUCCCUGUACACGAAGAAAGUGACGAGCAUGCUCAGAAUGGAGGCGUAAAACCAUACUCCAAUGGAAAAGCAUCAAAUGGACAAAUAUCACACAGCCAUCCCCCUAGAAAAGAACCCAUUAAAAAGAAGGUGAAAGACAUGAAUGAGAAAGUAAAUCCUAGAAAAAUGAAAAGCCAAAGCGUUGAAAACCUGACUUCGGACAAAAGCAGAGUAACGUUUGAAGAAAUACAAAACCUGAAUGUUCCUCGUGCUUCAACACUAGAUAGAUCCCCAAAAGAUGCGAAAAAACAAGUCACAUUUCCAUUUGGGCUGAGAAAGAAAAAGAUCAGUGGGAGCUGCUCUGAUUUGAAUGGACGAGCACCAGAAAUUACCAUUGAAAGUCCCACUAAAACAAUGACUGGAGGUAAGCCCAAUGGUCUAAUCUUGAGCCCUGAUGACAAGUCGUUUUCAUCACCCCACGACAAAAGCUAUGAGAAAAAGAAACUCGCUCCAUUUAAGAUGUUUAAAAAGAGRAAAUCAAAAGAUGCGAGUACUUGACGUGUUAGUAUCUCUUGGCAACUGGAGUAAUAAAAGAUAAGCCACCUUGGCCCGACUGUCCGGCCUGUAUUCAUCAAGAGAGUUGAACACGAACCGAAGGACGACUUCCACAUAAUAUAUGGAAGCGACUCAACCACGCAGAAUUUAGAGCACAAGGCUGAACAGUUAACUUCAUGAAUUUAAUUUGAAUAUUUCAUUUCCUUUAAAUUUUAUUGAUAGUUUUGUUCUAAGAAUAAGUGUCCACCAAAUACGUUUUUGCGAAAUAACUUUAAUAACUUUUUUCAGUUGCCCUUCCUUACAAUUUUUGUGAUUUUAAAGAAAAAUGUGAAUUUUAAAGAUGUGUCUUUACUGCUGCAUGACAUGAAGGGCAACUAUUGAAUAAGUCUCUUACGCAGACGCCAUAAGUGUCGUCACGCAACGCUCACUCCCCUAGUUAAGUUAGUAGCUACCAACUAGGGGAGUGAG